CGGAUAACAAUUCGAUAAGAUGACAGUACAUUGUACAUCUGCGCGAUAUGUCCAAACGUCAGCAGGAAGCCCUUACUGAUAAAUUCGGGGAAUAUCAAGGUACACGUCGGUCAUUCGUCACAGUCGUCUGCGCUUCAUUUUGGAGACGAACGAGCAUGCCAUGAAGCGACUGCAAGUGUUCGGUCUUCUGUUCGCGCUGUGUUACGUUGCGAGAUUGACGGAGGGGAAACACGAAAAACUCACUUGCUCGUGGUACGGUGAAUGCGGGAAAUUGGAUAAUAAAAAUGUACAACGUACGUGUGUGUCCAACAUCGCCCCCCAGCCGAUCAACAACGUGACUGCUGAAAAUAUCCUGCGGAAAAGAUGCCCUCACUUCUUCCAUGACGGAGUGCCAAAAACGUGUUGCGACGCCGGACAGAUCGCAACGAUGAGCACGAGCAUGAAACUGGCCGAUUCGAUUUACGGCAGGUGCCCGACCUGCGUAAGAAAUAUGUUCCGGCUAAUCUGCGAUCUGACCUGCAGCCCUGAGCACAGUCGAUUCCUGAAGGUGACCAAGACCGGCAAGGAUGGCAAACUCGAGUACGUCGAAGAAGUCGAGGUUCACGUGACAGAGAAAUACAUAAACGACACAUACGAUUCCUGUAAAUAUGUAGUUAAUCCUACCAGCGGAAAUCUCGCGAUGGACUUGGCCUGCGGCGAUAAAGGAGCCAGCAGAUGCAGUCCGAAAUUGUGGUACGAGUAUAUGGGUGAUUUAAAAAACAAUCCAUUAACGCCUAUUCAAAUGAACUACAUUUACGACGCAGCUGAGGGAUGGGACGACGAGCCGUGGGACAACGUGGCCAAGAACUGCAGCGAGGCUUACGACAGCUCAUCUAUCGCCUGCAGCUGCGUCGACUGUCCCACCGCGUGUCCCGUGAUAAAAUUAGAAAUCGACACGAGCUCUACCUUUCUGAUCGGCGAGCUUAACGGCUACGGCGUCGUGGCGGCGAUCGGGCUGCUCGUGGUGACAAUUAUCGCCUUCGCCGUUGGCGGCCUCCUAAGGAAAUAUCGCAAGAAAGGUGUUAAGAGGCAAAGGGUAGAGCAGAAAAGAAGAAAUUACAGUCAAAGUUGCCAAAAAAUUUUCGAGAGAUUCUUCUUUGUGUGGGGAAAAGGAUUCGCCACGUAUCCCGUUAUCGUCCUAUUCGUGUCUUCGUACGUCAUCGUCGGUCUGAGUUACGGCAUAAUUUAUCUCUCGGUGACGGUAAAUCCCAUUGAGAUUUGGGCGGCACCGAAUAGCAGGUCGCGGAUAGAAAAGAAUUAUUACGACUCACGGUUCCAGCCGUUUUAUCGAACCGAGCAGAUCUACAUCAAAUCUGUCGGUCUCGAGAAGAUAAAGCACAACACUACGACCGGAGUCUUGGAAUUCGGGCCCGUGUUCAACAAAGAGUUCCUGCUGGCCGUGUACGACCUGCAGAGUAAGAUUCUUCAGUUGGGCCAAGAAACCCACGAGGGCCUGGAAAAGAUCUGUUACGCUCCCGUACAAAGCGAAUUCAUCGGUCCGGUCAGCCUCGACCUCUGCACGGUGCAGAGUAUUUGGGGAUAUUUCCAGAACAGUAUCGACACGUUCAACACAACAUGGAACUCCGAUGGAUACAACUUGAAUUAUUUGGAUCACUUAUACGGUUGCAUGCAAAACGCACUCAAUCCAAAUUGCCUGGCACCGUACAAGGGACCGAUAAUACCCGCUAUAACGAUCGGAGGUUUCCUGAAGGAAGGUGAAUACCAAUACGAUUCCAACGAUUAUAUCAAAGCGACAGGGUUGAUCUUGACCUUCUUGGUAAAAAACUCGAUCAAACAGGAGGAACUCGCGCCUGUUAUAAAAUGGGAACAACGUUUCCUCGACUUCAUGGCGAAAUGGGUGGUCGACAGUCGACCCAAGUUCAUGGACGUCGCUUACACGACGGAGAAAUCGAUAGAGGAUGAGCUGGACAGAACAUCGAAGGCGGAAGUGUUGACGAUGGUUAUCAGUUACCUCGUCAUGUUCGUCUACAUCUUCAUCGCCCUCGGUAAAGUUCGGUCCUCGCUCGUCGGCUGCUUCACCGAGAGCAAAAUCGUACUUAGUCUUGGUGGGAUCACCAUAGUCAUAGCGUCGGUCGCGUGUUCGCUAGGCGUUUUUGGCUACCUCAGCGUGCCGACCACUCUGCUCACGAUCGAGGUGAUUCCCUUCCUGGUAUUGGCUGUCGGAGUCGAUAACAUCUUCAUCUUGGUGCAAAAUUACCAGAGGAAUCCUCGACGCAACGGUGAAACGAUACCGGAGCAUAUCGGCAGGGUCCUGGGUGCGGUUGGACCCUCGAUGUUGCUCACCAGCAUGUCCGAAUUCUUUUGCUUCCUCAUCGGAGCGUUUUCCUCGAUGCCGGCCGUCAACACCUUCGCCAUGUACGCUUCGUUGUCGAUUCUAAUUAACUUCAUGCUCCAAAUCAUCGCUUUCGUCGCCCUAUUGUCCCUCGACUCUAGGAGAUACGAGACAAGCCGUCUGGACGCGCUUUGUUGCAUUCAAGUUGAGAAAAACAUGGAGCUCGAGGAUCGCCAAGGUCUAAUCCACGUGCUCUUCGAGCGUUACUACACGCCGUACCUGAUGAAAACGCCGAUCAGACUUAUCGUCAUGAUGAUCUUCGUCGCCGCUUCGGUCACUCACAUCAUGUUCAUACCGCAGAUCGAAAUUGGAUUGGAUCAAAAGCUCUCGAUGCCGAAGGACUCUUAUGUCCUGAAGUACUUCGAGUAUAUGGAGGAUCUAUUGUCGAUGGGUCCGCCGGUGUACUUUGUGCUGACAGAGGGCUUAAACUACAGCAGAAGAGAAGUGCAGAACGUGAUAUGCGGUGCUCAGGGAUGCAAUUCGGAUUCCUUGUAUACGCAGAUCUACUCGGCGGCCAGUCAGCCCUCCGUUUCGUAUUUAUCUAAAGCGGCCUCUUCCUGGAUAGACGAUUACUUCGACUGGUCGACCAUUGACGAUUGCUGCAUGUACUUCGCCACCAACGACUCGUUUUGUCCACACAGCAACGGUGGAUUCUGUGAAAACUGCAAGAUUCCGACAAAUAAGUCCCGACCAACCGAAUGGGGUUUCAGGAAGUACAUACCGUAUUUCUUGACGGACAUUCCCGACGAAGAUUGCGCUAAAGCUGGCAGGGCAUCCUACCUCGACGCGGUAAAUUAUUACUACGAUAAGUUCGGCAUGACAGACGUGGGCGAUACAUACUUCAUGGGUUAUCAUACACCUUUGAAAAAAUCGCACGAAUGGUAUGAAGCGCUACAGGCAAGCAGAAUAAUCGCGGAUAACAUUACGAACAUGAUUAACGACGCUAAACUGUCGGAUCGGAAGGUCAAAUUGUUCCCGUACAGCGUGUUCUACGUAUUUUAUGAGCAAUACCUCACCAUCUGGCAGGAGUCCCUGUUGUCGAUAAGCCUGACCCUCGCUGUGAUCUUCGUAGUAACACUGUUCCUCACAGGUUUGUCGCUCUUCUCCGCGGUAGUGGUCGUGCUCACCGUGCUGAUGAUACUGCUGAAUCUCGGAGGUCUAAUGUAUUGGUGGGGCAUCAGUUUGAAUGCGGUUUCCCUCGUGAAUCUUGUCAUGGCAGCUGGUAUCUCCGUGGAAUUUUGUAGCCACAUAGUGCACUCUUACAUCACUUCCACGGCGGUAACGAGGAUCAGCAAAGCAUCGGCGGCGCUUUGUAUCAUGGGAAGCUCCGUAUUCUCGGGGAUUACUCUGACUAAGUUUGUGGGAAUAAUAGUGCUCGCGUUCGCGAAAUCGCAAAUUUUCACAAUAUUCUACUUCAGAAUGUACUUAGGGAUCGUUCUAUUCGGCGCGGCGCACGGCUUGAUAUUCUUGCCUGUAUUAUUAAGUUUUAUAGGAACUACCUAGGGAUAACUCUUAUCGAAAGAUCCGUUGCGAAGAACGCCACGAAGAUACCCGGAUCUGCAAAAGCCAUACGAGACGACUCGUAACGCACAAGCAAAUGCUUGGAGAUCUAUUAGUGUAAUCAAUUGCAUAAUAUGUAAAUAAUAAUAAUUAAUAUGUGAUAAUGUGUGUAAGUCAACUUGACGCAUUAGUAGAAACAAAAGCUAAUGUAAAUUAUUUCGCGAGUUUAAAAAAAUUUUAAUCGAAUUUCGACUUACACAUUUAAUGUACAGAGAUCAAUAUGAUAGUUUCAACACGCCAAAUUAAAUAAUUCCAGAACAGUGGAUUUCUUUUGGAAAGUUGUAGAAUUACUUCAUUUGUCAACUUUUAUAUUGAUCUGUGUACGAUCAUUAGACUGGAUAUACGAUACUCCUUGUAUUAUGUAAUGAUCAUACAAUGCACAGUAUGGUCAUGAUUGAUGCGAAACAAUGUAAUCAAACACAUUUUCAUCAAACAUGAAAAUCAUAUCAUAAUCUAUAUAUUUUACAUGAAAACUGAAAAAUAUAGGUGUAAAUAUUUUCUACUGAUA